GUAUAAGAACAUGUAAAUCCCUCUCCAAUUUCCGUGUAGUUGUUCUCUACCGACCGCUUCGGGGAAUACAAGGGAAGGAAAUAUCCGAGCAGUUCGGUUGUCAGCCAAUUCCUAUUUCUCUCGGAAAUUUAUUUCCAAGCAUUCCAAAUUCCCCGACCAAACCAAGGAAAGAAAGUAGAAACUGGUCUUGGGACAUCAUGCCGCUUCCGUGGAAGAAGCACAGGAGGACACGGAUAUCCCGAAUCGUCGCCGACCUUCAGUCCCCGCCCAAGCACGGCGGCUCGCUCGUGGUCGAGACUGGCUUCCCCACCUCCCUCAUCGACCUCUUCGUCAAGAACCGCGACCGAUUGAAGAAGAAAUCCUUGAAGAUCAACAGAAAUAAAAACCCCGUCCCGAUCCAAGGCAGUCCCUCCGACGAACCCACUAGCCCACUUUCGGUUCCAGACGAUUCGACGCUUUCUGGGUCGCCUAGCUUUGGCGAAGACAGUGAUCCGGCGCCGUGGAAUGAAAUCAAGGAGGAAGAUCAUCGUAGCAAAGAUGAAGGUACCGAGUUUCCGCGUGAAAAUCAUCGCGAUCAGUCCCGAGCGGUUUUCGCGGUGGUGAUGGUGGUUUUGGUAUUGGCGGUGAGUACCAAAAUGCUUGCCCUUGGCGUUACCAUGUCCGCGUUUCUGCUUAUUUUUGCGGAGUAUGUUUGUAUACGUUCCAUUCGUUUCUUGAAACUCUGUGCUUCCGCGAAAGCGGCCUUGGAAUAUUUUCUCCAAAGGGUUACGCAACUUGUUUGGAUCGAAAAGUUCGUGUUGUUAUUGAAGAAUAUUAGAACUUCUAAGGUUUGUCUUGAUAGAGAGGAAGGGACUAUUGUGGCCAAAGAGAUUACUGGGAACGAAUUGAACUCGAAGAACUCUUCGGUUCCUGAAACUCAAAUUGCAGGAACUGAUUGUAUUACGAAUGAAGAGGAGAUUGUUAUUGUCGGACCAGAGCUUGAAUCUCUUAGCCGUGACAAGAGAUGGGGGUGUUUGGAUAAGGAAAACGAGGUUGAGGAACAUAUGGAAGAUGGUCACGCAUUGGUAUGUGGGAAUCAACGUAGCCGGAGUGCUAGACUAAAAUCAAAGCUUGUGAAGAAAUUGGUGCCGAAGAAGUUGCGUAAUUUGAACAAAAAUAGGAAGAGUAAGGGGAAGAACGAUGGGGAGUCGAGCAGCGAGGUAUCUAGUAUCUUGGGUGAUGAUGGGUCGACCAGAUUUGUGGAGCCAGACGAGCAAGAGAAUGGGAACGAACAAGUUCAAGAAAGUGACGACAGAUCAUCGCUGUCGCUUUUACAAGAAGAAAGGUGUGAAGAAGAGCAAGUAGUUGAUGAUGGAAAUCCUCGUAUCAAUGAACAAUCACGGGAUAAGGGAGCGGGGAGGGAAAGAGAUGGGAAUCUGGGGUAUGUAACUCUCCUGGUAAUUGCUCUCGCUGGACUUGCAGGAGGUCGAGUUGUGGCUCUGGUAGUCACAAUUUCAUGGUGUUUCAUGAUGAAGUUGACUGGAACCCGAAGCAGAUCUGUAAAUGUGCCUCUAUGAUCAGGUGUCCUGUUCCAAUCUCAAGCUAGAGUUUGGGUUUAAAAAAUGCUUCUUCUUCUUUCGCCCUUUUCCAUUUAUAGGGAUAGUGUUGGUGACUUUGCAUCUGAUCAAGUGUUAGUGAAGCCUCCAAAGUAAAUUCUGAAUGCUCAGAAUGAUAGAAACACCAACCAUUUUGUUGGCAAAAUCCAACUUGAGCUGUUGUAUUUUGAAAUGUAAAUUUAUAGAUACAAAUUAUAGUGCUCACAGUUCAAAUCUUC